AUGAAAGACCGAACAAGCGAUCAUAUUCAUUUUCCUCAGCAUGCCCAUCGCAUUCCACGACGCUCAGAUGGUGUGAGUGGAUACAGCGAUUUGCUGGGGAGGGCGGUGUUGAUAUCCAUCAUCAACUAUCUCGCUGAUGUUGUCGAUGCAAUUGAAGACAUCAAGCUGCCCAAACAGCACAAAGAUCGUACCAAGUUGAAGAACGAUAAGAAGAGAAUGUGCGAUACUGCUGUCAGAGGUGCAAACACGUUGACAGCCCUGUUCAAUUCGGCAAAGGGCCAGACCAAGUACACAGACCCAGCCCCAAAGAACUUGCCGCUCUACCGAGACGAAAUCCGGGGUCAGUUAUUGUAUCCCCUGUCGAAAGCCAAGACAUCGAAGCCCAGCCUUGGCAAAUCUUUCACAUUCGCCCCGUGGCAGCAAAGACUCACCGCCAUCUUGUCUGGUAUUGAGGAAGAAGUCUGCUGGUGGCUCAGGCUUCAACGUCCAACCAAGACAUAUGACAAGCGCUCAACAACGCAUAGCCAUACAAGCAAGGCAUACGGCCAACGCUCAACCGCUAGCAAGCCCUAUGAUCAAUACUCUACACGCACGGGCAAGACUGACCAGCGAUCGUCGAGGCCCAAGCAAACAAAGAGCCAUUCUCAGCGAGGGAAGAGGAGCCGUUCACCUUCACCCUCUGGUGGAUGUGCUGUUAUGUAG